CGCACCGUCUGGGCUGCGCCUCGUGAGUAAUGGAUUGAAUAUGCCUGUAGAUCUCUGCUCCCAUCAGUCGCAACGGUGCGUCAGAGCUACUUUUCUCUUACCACUCAAAUAAACCUACUAUUUAGUUGGCUAAGUCAAUCGCUGUUGCUUCGACGGAUUCACCGAUCUGAAUUUCCUCGUAAUUAGUCCUUCAGCCAAGUAGCUGUCUACUUUUCGUAACAGCAGGCUUGAUUUUAAAGCACGUCCUGCAGAAUACUGAACUCGAACUCUCUUGGAGGCACAUUAACUCAGAGUGGGGGUAAUAUGGGAACAGUAAACUCUCCAUCCCAUGGGAAAGAAGAGGAAAGCAGAACUCAAGAUAAAAGGGCCUAUCCUCGAGGACUAUAUGGCACUGAUAAUGUUCAUCAGAUACCAGAGGGCUCUGAAGAGACGGAGGAAAUGGCGAGAGAGACCGUUUGUCUGAUCCUCGAAAUUAGCCAACAUUAUCGUGGUGAAAACCUUGAGAAGAAUCCAGGUGCCCCCCACACUGUCUUAAGAAAAGCUUGGGACUGAUGCCUUUGCAUCAUGAAUCAUAAUUCGUUGCGUCAUGAAAUGUAGUUCUGUAAACAAACUUCAAAAGUUAAAAAAAUAUAAAAAUAAUCUCUGAUUUUAGAUAAGCUUAUUUCAUAACAAUAUUUCAUUAUCACAUUAGAGACAUUGGUUGUUCCCAUAUUAUGCUUUUGUUACAGUAGUGUGGGAACCGCCCAUGUCUCACGCCAGUCUGACCAAGGAAUUGUCUUAGGAUACUAUGACUUAAUGAUGACUGAUCUUCAUUUGCAGUUGUGUAAGUCAUAGCUCAGCCCAACGGGAGAAAACAUCAUGUUAGGACAACAUUUUCGAAUAGAAAGAGAUGGGCAUGUGUUUACUCCACAGUGGAGAAAUGCUUUUUAUAAAGAGUGCCAACUGGCGACAUCUAGUGGCCGUACGACUAAAAAGCAUUGAGACAUUUAGUCCAGUGCUAUGGUGCGUCAUAUGGCACAUCAUCUGCAUAGCUAGAUAAAUAAGGUUGACUUUCAUUAGAUUUCCUAAAUUUUGAAUUAUUAACUAAAAAAAAAGUAAAAAAAAAAAAAAACAAUGUUGUUGGCAUGGAGACAUGGCUGCAUGUAUGAAGUCUGAGUCCAAUAGAAUACACAUGAGAGUACUCAAGGGGGCGAUCUGUUAGUUUAAAGGCAAACAUUCCCUUGCCUGCUGGAGGCUCUUCGUCACUGAAUACAUGUUUGUUUUAUGAAGUCUGUAGUACACUCAGAGGGAUUCAGUCCUGCAUGAUCCAAAAAGCAUCCAGUGUCAACUCUCCCCAGCCACUGCACAGAACAGUAGGUAUCAAUAUUAGAUUUAAUGUUUGUAUAUAAUUGAAAUCAGUAUAUAGAUCUGAACAUAUAGUCCAGAAUGUUUCACCAUCUGGCUUCUUUCCAAUGCAAAGGAGGUGAUUCACAAGUCAAGGGUGUGAACAUUCCCGACAUCUAGAAUCCCCAUUAAUGCAACCCUUUCUCCUCCCUGUCUGAAUUUGGCUGAGAACAAACUUGCCCAUACAUAAAACAUACCCAGCUGUCUCACACAAUCUGAGCAUUUAAACCGAUCUUAAGAAUUAAUUAACAUGUUUAAAAGAUCAUCAUAGUUUUUAAAAAUGCAGUCCUUCACCUUCCUGAACUGUUUAGUAAGGAGGUGUUCUCUGGGGGAAGUAUUCUCUGUGGGGGUCUUUCUGAGGCCCUUAAAGAGGAGAAAUGCCAGAGUAAAAGGCUUCACAUGUACUAUAUCACCUCAGAUUUGUAUUGAGGUGUCUUGACUAAGUGUCACACUGAAAGAUGAUUGCUUUACUGUUUUUAGCACCAUGUGGAACUACAAUGGCGUGUAAAUCAAAGCCCUUCAUUGCCCCUAUAUCACUUGCACACACACCAGCAGACCCGUAUAUAUCCACAUACACUGGCAUGAACACAUAGUCUGUCUGAGGGAGAGUUCAGCUUUUCACAGCAACAUGAAAAGAGCGAGAGAGCGCCUUAGUUAGUGUAAUUCCCCACAUGGCCACUGGUGGGUGCUGAUGGAUAGCUUGAGUCUGCUGAGCAUUGCCGCAGUUUCAGCACGAACAGGCACUUUUUCAAGCACCGGCUUCAAUUGAGGAUGAGUGUAUGCUCCGAUUUAAAUGAUUUGGGUUAAUCCCUUCUCAAAGACACAUGUUUGUUGUUUGUGUGUGUGUGUUUGUGUGUGUAUGUGUGUGUAUAGCAUGGAACCACAUUUUCAGCAGUUCGUAUUAACUGUUUAGAAAUGUUGCCAUUGUUAUUGCUAACAAUUCCCAGCUUAAUUAUAAGAGGAAUUUUAACUCAAGAGCAUCCAGCGUUAAUGCUUAGCUCUUUGGCAUCGUCUAUUCAGGCUAAGAUUUCCUCUCUGAAUUGCAGUCAUAAAGCUUAAUAGGUAAGGGAGGAACACACAAUUUGUAUUCAUAUGAUUUGAAUUUACAGAGUGAUGUAGUGAUGUUCUUCUUUGUAAAUACCUGUAAAUUCUUGUAAAUCCUAAAAUCAGUUUUGUUUGCCUUACUUUGUUUGUUGUUCUUAUAUUCCCAUACAGUGUAGAUGAGUGGUUUUGGAUUUGUUUAUUUAGUUCACUCAUCAUUUGUUAUUGUUGUUUUAGACAAUAUCGCAUGUUAAAAGUCUGCUCCCCUGCCUUCUAUUCUGUUAGACUAAUUAACUAGGAAAUGUGUUUAACAUAGUUGGACAGCAAUAGUUAAUCCCUCUUUGUUUCACCAAAAGUCAAGGAUUUUUUCCUUUUCAAAUUUGAAAUGUAAGGCCUCAGUCCUUACAAAACCAUGUGUAGGAGUGGAGUUCUUUCAGCUAACCCACGUUUACAUACAAAAAAAACAAUGUCUAAACAGAACUUGACAGCCAUAUGAGAGUAAAUCUCCAGAUACGUUUCCAAAACCAACUAUACACUUCCAUUAAUUACCUUGAGUCCUCUCUGGAAAACAAACAAACAAUUUUCUGCAUGAGCGGGCCAGGCCGUUUCCUGUCUUAUCCGUCCCAGUGCAGCGCAGCUCUGUGGAGAUAGAAGCCCUGUAUUUCAUCAUACUCGCAUGCCAGGAGGGGUUGUUUUGCUGAGGCAUCUGACCUGAACAGGUUCUGCCGACGGGCCCCCAUGAGGAUAAAGACAGCUGUGGCCCAGUGGGGUGCUGUGGUUAACCAAGCCACAGAGGAUUCUCCUGCUGCGAUGAUGGAGAGAAUGUCUCAAUAUUUAAUGAAUAGGGCGAGAUGGUGAAUGAUUUCAUUCCUUCAGCGCAGACCAUGUCAGACUGUGACACAGGGUUUUGGUCAAUUAUACGUCUCUCUUGUAGUGGAAGGGUUUCACCGCUGCAUGACAGCAGGUUAAAGCCGUUCCCUGCUGUCAACACACAGACCCUGUCACAGCGUGGAACAGGAAAUUCUUUUUCUUUAUAUUGUGCCUGUUACCUCGUUAGUUCUGGAUUCAGGGGGCCAGGGGCUGAUAAACAUGGAGUAAGUAAAACACUUCUUGUAAUAUCCUGUCUUCAUGCCUACUGGGUUAUCGCAUGUUCUGUGCAACUGGAUGUAAUCUACUUCAGAUCUGUUCAGUAACACCUAGCCCUGAAGUGAUCGAUGCAGAUUUGUGCGCAUUAGCGAGGACUCUCUGCUGCCAAGCACACUCUAUUCACCUCUGCAUAACCUCUGUAAGAAGAGAAUUUGCUUUUAAGUAUAGCAUUACGGAAAACACUGGCAUUAGUAUGCGGUGUGAUUAUCCCUGUCGGUGCUCUGCCCAGAGUUGUAAGUGUACAGGUCACCAUUAAUUAAGUUAUUAUACACUGAAGGGCCUCCUCAAAUUAGAUAAACACUUUCAUCUUGGUUCAUAUUUCUUUUUCUGUAACACCUGGGCACUCACACAUGUGAUGGGUUAUAACACUCGUUAAACCACAAGACAUCUUCUAAUGCCUUUAGAGGACCAUUAGACAUCAGGUUGAGUGCUAUGAUUACCAAGGUUCUGAGCAAUCAUGUACCUUGUAUGGAAUGGCGGGGGAAAUUGGAGUACGUUGAAAUCCAAUUAAAUGUUAGACAUUAUCUUAAUCAGCUACUUUCAAAAGCAGAGCCAAAGUCAGGCUAUGAAUCUCUGAGUUUCACUGAACGCUGAACUUUGAAACACAAGACCACCAUUGACAAGACGCAUUGAUUUUUUUUCUUCUUCUUCUCUGUGUCAAUAGGCUAGAAAGUGGAGCAACUCCAGACUAUCAAUGUCAAACGUCAGAAAAUCUAUGAGACCUCGCUCUGAUUUCACCUCCGCCUCCCUCAGACUAGAAGGAGACUGCAGGCACCUCUUUUCCGUUUAUUCAAAGAGGAGAUUCCUGCCCAGUGGCGUGACCAUGGAGCCAGACCAGGAGACUGGACCCCUGGCAGACACCCCAUCAAGCUGGAAUGGAGAGGAAACACAACGACAGCAGCAGACCAGCCACAGGACCAAGGCGUCAGGCUGGCCGCCCCCCUCCGGCAGCUGGAGCCCUUCGCAAGGACCCCCAAAUGGCUGGGACAUGGCAUCCAGUAGAGAGGGGAGAGACUGCUUCAUCAAUCACAUUUCCCAGAGCUGCUCGCUGGAGGAAGUGCGUCUGGACGGGGAGAAGCUUGCUCCACCAGCCCCUCGGAAGGUGGAGAUGAGACGGGAUCCUGUGCUUGGCUUUGGCUUCGUGGCUGGAAGUGAGAAACCUGUAGUGGUCCGCUCCGUCACCCCAGGGGGUCCUUCAGAGGGCAGACUCAUCCCCGGGGACGAGAUCGUCAUGAUCAACGAUGAGGCAGUCAGCGCAGCGCCAAGAGAGCGGGUCAUCGACCUAGUCAGGAGCUGCAAAGAGUCUAUCGUGCUGACAGUGGUUCAGCCGUACGCAUCACCCAAGUCGGCGUUCAUCAGUGCAGCCAAAAAGGCCAAGUUGAAGUCCAACCCAGUGAAAGUGCGCUUCGCAGAGGAGGUCAUCAUUAAUGGCCAGGUCCCGGAAUCGGUGAAGGAUAAUUCCCUACUCUUCAUGCCAAAUGUUCUGAAAGUGUACCUUGAAAAUGGACAGACUAAAUCAUUCAAAUUUGACAGCAACACCUCUAUUAAGGAUGUUAUCCUGACCCUGCAGGAGAAGCUGUCCAUUAAGAGCAUCGAGCAUUUCUCUCUGGUGCUGGAGCACAGAGCGGAGGGCUCCUGCAGCAAGCUCACCCUCCUGCAUGAGCAGGAGAUGCUAACCCAGGUGACACAGAGGCCAGGGGCACACAAGAUGAAAUGCUUUUUCCGCCUCAGCUUCGUCCCAAAGGACCCAGUUGACCUGCUCAGGAGAGAUGCAGUGGCAUUUGAAUACCUCUAUGUCCAGACCUGUAAUGAUGUGAUUCUGGAGCGCUUCGGCUCGGAACUGAAAUAUGACACCGCCCUUCGCCUGGCUGCCCUGCAGAUGUACAUCCUGACAGUCAACACCAAACAGACUCAGAAGGUGUCCCUCAAGUACAUCGAGAAGGAAUGGGGCUUGGCUCUCUUCCUCCCCCCGGCAGUGCUGUCCAGCAUGAAAGAGAAGAACAUCAAAAAAGCCCUUACACACAUUCUCAAAACAAACCAGAACCUGGUGCCCCCUGGCAAAAAGCUGACUGCCUUGCAGGCAAAGGUUCACUACCUGAGAUAUCUCAGUGAAUUGCGACUGUAUGGUGGCCGUGUUUUCAAAUCCACGUUGUUGCAAGGGGAGAAACACACAGAGGUGACUCUGCUUGUGGGGCCCAGAUAUGGCAUCAGUCAUGUCAUCAACACCAAGACCCACCUGGUGGCCUUGCUAGCUGACUUCAGCCAUGUCAACCGCAUUGAGAUGUACACUGAGGAUGACAGAAAUGUCAGAGUGGAGCUGCACGUCUUAGAUGUUAAGCCCAUCACUCUGUUAAUGGAGUCCACUGAUGCCAUGAAUCUGGCAUGUUUGACCGCCGGCUACUACAGGUUAUUGGUAGACUCCCGCCGGUCCAUCUUCAAUAUGGCUAACAGCAACACAGGAGGGCAUGACUCAAGGGGGAAGCAUACUUACCAAGCCAUCGAGUGGAACUACAGCAACCCCUGUGGAGGUUACGAGGAGUACAAUCACCAGGCGUGCACAAGAGAACUGUCCAACAGAGAGUCAGAGCACCCAGACUAUGGACGAAGGGAGGGCGACGGCGCUCCCCUCUACAUCACCGAGAUGCAGCACCCCCAGCAGUAUCCCCAGCACCCCCAGCAGCACCCCCAGCAGUACCCCCAGCAUGUGGGGCACAUGGGGGAGAGGGGCACCGAGCAGGUCAGCCGAGGCACACACGCCCAGCCUUUCCUGUGUGUGCCCCGGCCAAAACCCCAGGACUCCCCCAGGAGCGCCAAGGUGUCCUUCAUCUUUGGAGACCCUCCUCUGGACCGAGUGAACCCGCAGAACCUGGGCUACCGGAGACUGAUGGACGACACCCCAGAGAUGUUAGACCCGCACAGGCCCAUGUACAUGCAGCAUGUGGACGACUACAAGAGCCUCGACCCGGUUCUGGAUGGGGACAGCUUCCAGUACGCCGCUCAUCCAGUCUACGGUGACGCCAAAAUCUUUGGCCCUACCGAGGGCAUCGAGGAACCGCUGCUUCACGACAUUUGCUACGCGGAGACGACGGACGACGCCGAGGACGAGGACGACAUCAGCUGCGAGGAGGACAUGGUUAUGGGAGACUACCGGGACAAGCCCACCUUCCUCUCGCUCUCCGAGUCCAGCGACGACAUCAUCGACCUCACCUCGCUACCGCCGCCGCCGGAGGGCGGAGACGAGGAGGACAGCGACGUGCUCCUCCAGUCGCUGAACCUGGCCAUCGCCGCGCCCCCGCCCGGCUUCAGAGACAGCUCGGACGAGGAGGAGCACCACGGAGCGCUGGCCGCGGACGGACAGUCGAGCCAAGUCCGGCGCAACGACAUCCCCGUGUCCCUGAUCGAUGCCAUACCCACACAGAGUGAGGGGGACACUGAGGAGGUCCUGGACGAUGCUGUGGUCUCCACCCUUCAGGCGCUGGAGGCUCUUGCAGCGUCUGAGGAGCAGUCGCACCCUCAGUCGGACAAUAGUUCAGGUGUAGAAAUAUCUCGGGCCUUUAGUCCCGAGUCGUCUUCUGAUUCUGGAAACGAAACAAAUUCCUCCGAAAUGACGGAGAACUCGGAGCUGGCCGCAGCUCAGAAACUCUCAGAGAACUCCUUGCGAAUGUUUGUUGCUACGGCCGAGGGCUACCAAACGCUUGCCGAGGAGAAGACGGACUUCCGCAGAAGCAUGUGUGAGGGUGAGGGUGUUGUGUUGGCGCAGGGCAACCCUCCCAAACCUCAGGAAGAGGACCACCAGUCCACGGCUGUGCCUUCUUCACAGAUGCUUCACUCAGAUGCCAUCGAGAUGGAGCCGGAAACCAUGGAGACCAAAUCUCUCACCGACUACUUCAGCAAAAUGCACAUGGAUACAGUGACGCCCACCUGCCAAAGGCAGAGGAAGCUCACCGAGGUUGAGAACAGGCUGCCUGAUGAGAGCGCAGAGGAUCUGAGACAGACGAAAAUGCCUGACCCGAAUGGAGAAGACCCACACCUGGUUGGAACAUACAACCUUUUCAAUGCACGUGAUUCACACCCGUAUGAAAUGGAGAGGAUGCCGCUCCCAUUUCAUGAGAAGACCCAAAGAUGGCAACAGAUGGCCGAACAUAACCCAGCAGGGCGCACACCUUCAGAAUUCACUCACGACUGCAGUGUUCUGCAGGGGGCUCAUGCUGACCAAGCAAUGCCCAAGGGGGAGAGACUCGAGUCAGAUGAGAACGGUUCUGCUGGACCCUGCAAAUACACACGGUCUCCAGCCAAAGAACCCUACUCCGCAGAACAACCCCUCAUGCUCCCUAGUGACCAGCAGCAGCAGCAGCAGCAGCAGCAGCCAAUAGGCAAGGCUGCCCCGGCAGAGCCAGACGUCACACGGUUGUAUGAGUACCACCUGACCAAGCGCAUGUCGUCGCUCCAGAGCGAGGGGGUCCACUCGCUGCAGAGCUCCCAGUGCUCCUCCAUCGACGCGGGCUGCAGCACGGGGAGCAGCAGCUGCGUCACGCCCAUGGACUCCCCGCUCUGCGCCGGGGACGGCACACACCUGCUGGCCGAGUCCUCGCUGAAGGGCCUGGGCUACAUGAGCUGCCCAGAGGAGAAAGCCUACGCCAAGCCUCCGCAUCAGAAUAUGGACCCUUCCUCGGUCCGAAAGGUCCACGCACAACCUGGCGCCGAGCCAGCGUUUGGAACCAUGCGAGACGGUGGCCAUCGCAUGCCCAAGAUAAGAGAAACCACAGUAUAGCGUGUACAGAGCUCUAGGGAGCCAGAAGAGGAAACAAAGUCACCUGACUCCACUAAAUCAACUCUAGUCCCAUGCCACCACUGUCUCACAACCGCACACUGUCAAAAAAAAAAAGUGCCAAAGCAGGAGAGUGUGGAGGCCCUGAAAAUGAAUCCCAUUUGAUCUUUCCCAUCAAGCCUCUUCCCUCUCCCCCCCAUCCCCUGGCACAGGAUGCCACCGGGGACGUCUUUCAGGUUGGACACACAGGACAAAACGAACAGACCCAUUGGCUCAGGGAGCAGCACUUCGAGAAAAAACCAAAAGCAAAAAAACGGGUAGAGAGGAGUUUGGAUGGCCCUGUCCCAAAUGGCUGAAGACAGUAUUGAAGGGGGUUCUUUUUUAGAGUGCCAGGUGAUUCAUGUGGAUUUCCCUGCAAGUGGAAGAACCCACAUGUCUGCAGUGCUAAAUAGGGAGCUGUGUGGAAGUAUCCACAUGUCUGCAGUGCUAAAUAGGGAGCUGUGUGGAAGUAUUCACAUGUCUGCAGUGCUAAAUAGGGAGCUGCCAAAACCUCAUGUGGGCUACUGAAUGUGCCACAGUCCCACUCGCUGCUGCCGAAGAGAGAGAGACAGACAGAGAGAGAGAGACAGACAGAGAGAGUAUUUAAGCUAAUGUCUAGGGUUCUUGAAGUCUCACACUGGCCACUCACUAUGUGAUGGUACAGAAGGGCCACAGGCAAUGUGGUGUCUGAGAAUGUCCCAGAAACAGAACCAUACUGAUGAGGAAAUGAAACCACCAGCUGCAGCUGGUCCAGAGCAGGCUAUACUGCAGUCAAAGAAGAACGUCCUCGUGGAUGCCAUCAUGAGUGGCAUUAGUGGUAAUUGGAUGAUGUGGGAAGGAGCUAUGCAUUUGGAAAGACAAUAAAAGUGGACUGAAUUGAGGACCAGUCACUUCUGCGCAAAGAGUUGAAAGCUUCACAGGGUGUUGUGAGCAACACUCAUGAGAUGUUGGUGGACACUUGAGGUAUGCAGGUCACCUCCAGCUGGCAUGUCUCAGUGGGAAGGGAGUGAAGGGUCUUGGCCAUGGCCUGAACGGGCUGCUGAUGUGUCAAGGAGUGGCAUCCCAUCCUCCCCCGUGCCCAGAACCAAAGCAUCAGCGCACUGACACACCAUUCCACUGCCGUGUCCACUGUCUGCUCACUGACUCACUCACUUAAAAGGAACACUGUUGUCUUUUUAAUGAUCGAUUGCAAAAGCCAUACAUGAAGACAUGGGCUGUUCUGGCCCCCCCCAUUGUGAACUGCUAUGAUUUAUCCUUGCCUUGUGUAUAUUUUGUCUAAUAUGUAAAAUUAUAAAUUCUAUGAUAGAGUUUCUAAAAAAAAAUCAUCCAGAUUGAUCCAUCCAGAUUCUUUCAAUUAUACCAAUGUCCUAUAGGUUAAAUAUCCCUGUGGGUCCUCUGGUAGACUUAGCCAGUUAUUUUACCAAUAAUGUCAGGGAGCCGUUCAUAAUUUGAAACCCGCACACUAAAGUGAUAUUGAGGAUUAUUUUCGGACAGUAAACAGACUGAACACAAACAAAACACUAAACACGAAACACAUUCACAUCACUUAUGUUCACAUCUAACAUAUUUUUGGCAUUUAUGGAGUCUUACAUAGCAUUUAUUAUGAAUUCACUGCAUAUAAUGUUAUUUCUUUUUGUGAUUAACCAGUAUUAUUAAAGUAACAAGUAAUUGAA